AUUGUUUUGCCGCUGUUAUGAAUCGUAAUGUAAAUAUCUGUGCUUUCUGAUGGUCUUAAGCGACCCCUGUGAAAGGGUUGCUCAACUCCCAAAGGGUUCACGACCCACAGGUUGAGAACCACUGAAGGAGAGGCUGACACAAAUUAUGAGUAUCAGCACUGAAGGAGGUGGCACCGUGCAAACAGUGGAUGUGACCGUUGGUUUUAAUGAUAGUUUCAGGCUGUAGAUGUAGUUAUAUACUUUAAAUAUGUGUAGUUCAUUGGGUAUCAGCCGUUUCUUUAGAGCUGUUGAACAGGACAGCUUUGGGAUCUACUAUUUAUACAAUCUUAGUUUGAAGAUGACCAGACCAUUAUCGGGAUCAUGACACACAUAUAUUCAGGCAAAACACCCAUUCAUAUAUGUAAAAAGAAGAAAACAAAAUUUGUUUUUUGUCUUUAUCUGGGUUAUGAUAUUUGGGGCAAAAUGACUAUUUUGUUGUGCUUGCUAAAUAAAACAAACAUAAAAAAGCACCAACAGAAUAACAAUUUUGUUUGCUUGUCUCCUAGACUAUUGCUUCCGAAUCCUUUCCCUUUCCUGACUUACAGUGGAUGGAGAACUUUGAUUGCCAGUGCUCCAGGCACCCAGGAGAGAGCAGACUGGCUAGCACUGACUAGGGCUGGCCUGAGAUAACCUGGCUGUCCUGGGACCAACUGAAGCACAAAGGAAACCCAAACAGCCAAAGUACGGGGGUAUGUCCCGGCCGCAGAAAUGGGUCUUGUCUGAAGAAGCCUCGGAAUUCCGAGUCCUGUGGCCCUGAGUUCGGGACCCCAGGUUUGCUCACGCGUGGCCGGCCCGCGCCCAACGCUCAAUGCCCAGCGUCCGCCUCGGCUUCGGCCUCCUGGCGGCCCUGGCGGCGGGUGGUGCUGUCGUCCUGCUCGGCUACUGCGUCUACCUGGACCGAAGGCGGCGCAGAGACCUGGCGAUCCGGCGCUGCCUGGGGGACCAGAGAAGAGCAGAACAGUCCAAGGCCCAGGCGCAGGCCAGGCAGUUAUGGGAUCCAGCAAAGAAAGAGAAACUACAAGAAUUUUUUUUGCAAGAGGUGCAAAUGGGAAAAUUUUGUUUAGCUAGAGGAGAGCACGGAAUGGGGGUUGAACAUCUCACCAAUGCCCUUUUAGUGUGUGGGCAACCCAAGGAACUUCUGACAUUUUACAAACACACACUCCCUCCUGAGGUAUUUCAGAUGCUACUGUACAAAAUUCCCCUUAUCUGCCAGCAACUUGAGGCAGACAUGUAUGAACAGAAGUACUUGAAGGAUGAUCCUUACUGAAGCAUCUCAACGCAUCACAGCCCAGACAGAAUAGUGUGUUCUGUGCAGUAAAAACAACCGCUCAGUGAUACUUUCAUUAAUUUUACUUCUGGUAAUAAACUUUUUCUAUCUCA